AAAAAAUUAUGAGCCAUAAGCAUUUAUCAUUUAUGAAUAAUAAUAAAUUUCAUUUAAAAACUUGAUUAUGAGAAAAUUCACACAAACCCAAAGGUAGAAGGAUAGUACAGUGAAUCGCCAUGUAUUCAGCACUCAGCUAUAAUAAGCAGCAGUUGUGGCUCAUGUUUCAUCUACACCUGUACCCACUUCUCAUAAUUCUAUGGUUCUGUCCUAUGACACAUCUUUAAUACAUUUUUGGUUUUUUUUUAAUUGUAAAGAGAUGCUUAUUUGUGGUGGUGCCAAAUUUGUGCAUAAUUAUUCGUAUUCUUUCUUGGAGAUGGGAAAAGAGUUCCAUGAAGAUUUCAAAGUAUUUUUCAGUCAGCUACAAUUAUUGAAUAAAUUGCAAAAAAUAAGAUGAUUUUGCAUUCUGAGUUUUUUUUUUACUUUGUAUGUUUACUUCCUGCUCUUUACUUUUCAGAUUUAAUUGUAUGCAUUUGGUGACAAACACCUUUAAUCAAUUCACAAUCUAAUGAUUUUUUUUUUACAGAAUAUUGAAUAAUACAAUACAGUAAGAAAAAAAUGGAUGAAGAGCCUGAAAGAACUAAGCGAUGGGAAGGAGGCUAUGAAAGAACAUGGGAGAUUCUUAAAGAAGAUGAAUCAGGAUCACUUAAAGCUACAAUAGAAGACAUUCUCUUCAAAGCAAAGAGAAAAAGGGUAUUUGAGCACCAUGGACAAGUUCGACUUGGAAUGAUGCGCCAUCUUUAUGUGGUAGUAGAUGGAUCAAGAACAAUGGAAGACCAGGAUUUAAAGCCAAAUAGACUGACAUGUACUUUAAAGUUGUUGGAAUACUUCGUAGAGGAAUAUUUUGAUCAAAAUCCUAUUAGUCAGAUUGGAAUAAUUGUAACAAAGAGUAAAAGAGCUGAAAAACUGACUGAACUCUCAGGAAACUCAAGGAAACACAUAAUAUCUUUGAAGAAAGCUGUAGAUAUGACUUGCCAUGGAGAGCCAUCUCUUUAUAACUCCUUAAGCAUGGCUAUGCAGACUCUAAAACACAUGCCCGGACAUACAAGUAGAGAAGUCCUAAUCAUCUUUAGCAGUCUCACAACCUGUGAUCCAUCUAAUAUCUAUGACCUAAUCAAGACCCUAAAGGCAGCUAAAAUUAGAGUGUCUGUUAUUGGAUUGUCUGCAGAGGUUCGGGUUUGCACUGUGCUUGCUCGUGAAACUGGUGGCACAUACCAUGUUAUUUUAGAUGAAAGCCAUUACAAAGAAUUGCUGACACAUCAUGUUAGUCCUCCUCCUGCUAGCUCAAGCUCUGAAUGCUCACUUAUUCGUAUGGGAUUUCCUCAGCAUACCAUUGCUUCUCUGUCUGAUCAGGAUGCAAAACCCUCUUUCAGUAUGGCGCAUCUGGAUAGCAACACUGAGCCAGGACUUACAUUAGGAGGCUAUUUCUGCCCACAGUGUCGGGCAAAAUACUGUGAGCUUCCUGUUGAAUGUAAAAUCUGUGGUCUUACUUUGGUGUCUGCUCCCCACUUGGCACGGUCUUACCAUCACUUAUUUCCUUUGGAUGCUUUUCAAGAUAUUCCCCUGGAAGAACAUAAUGGAGAAAGAUUUUGUUAUGCCUGUCAGGGGGAAUUGAAAGACCAACAUAAAAUGGCCGCCCAGGAGAAAGCCCCUGACGAGAGGAUUUCCCAGUUUGAUUAUGCUUUGCUCCCGGAGCUGUCUGGUCUUCUAGGCAUAGAUAUGCUUCAAUAUGUAAAGGAAAUAGAAAAAGAGGAGCAGAAAGAACGAGAAAAAAUGCAAAAAGGCUUUAAUUCUCAAAUGCGUAGUGAAGCAAAAAGGUUAAAGACUUUUGUGACCUAUGACGACUACAGUGCAUGGACACCCCAGGAGAUGGCAGCGGCUGGGUUUUAUUUCACUGACAUAAAAUCUGGGGUUCAGUGCUUCUGCUGUAGCUUAAUCCUCUUUGGUACCAGCCUCCAGAGACCCCCCAUGGAAGACCAUAAGAAGUUCCAUCCAGAUUGUGAGUUCCUUUUGGGCAAAGAUGUUGGUAACAUUGCCAAAUAUGAUAUAAGAGUAAAGAAUCCAGAGAACAAGUUGAGGAGGGACGACAAAGCAAGAUACCAAGAAGAGAAGGCCAGACUCAAGUCCUACCAGAAAUGGCCAUUUUAUGCCCAAGGGACAGCCCCAAGGGAGCUCUCAGCUGCUGGCUUUGUCUUUACAGGUAAACGUGACACUGUACAGUGCUUUUCCUGUGGUGGCUGUUUAGGAAAUUGGGAAGAUGAUGAUGACCCCUGGAAGGAGCAUGCCAAGUGGUUCCCCAAAUGUGAAUUUCUUCAAAGUAAGAAAUCCUCAGAGGAAAUUACCCGGUACAUUCAAAGCUACAAGGGAUUUGUUGGCGUCACGGGAGAACAUUUUGUGAAUUCGUGGGUCAGGAGAGAUUUACCUAUGGCUUCAGUGUGUUGCAAUGGCAGCAUCUUUGCUAAUGAAGAACUCCGACUGGACUCUUUCAAGAACUGGCCCCAGGCAUCCCCGGUGGGAGCUGCAGCUCUGGCCAAAGCAGGUUUUUUCUACAUGGGUAAAAGCGACUUCGUCCAGUGUUUUUCCUGUGGAGGAUAUUUGUAUAAGUUUGAGGAAGGUGAUGACCCAUUAGAAGAACACACCAAAUAUUUUCCCAAUUGUCAGUUUCUCCACAAUAUGAAGUGCUCUGCAGAAGUGAUUCCAGACCUUCAGAGCCAUGGUGAACUUUCUGACUUAAUGGAAACUACAAGUGAAAGCAAUCUUGAAGAGUCAGCAGUGAGUUCUGCAGUGCCAGAGGUGGCCCAUGGUGAAGCCCAGUGGCUUCAGGAGGCAAAAAGUCUGAGUGAGCGCCUGAGAAAAGCCUACACCAGUGCCCCUUUCUGCCACAUGUCUUUGCUUGAGGUCUCUUCCUGUCUAGCCACCGAUCAGCUGCUGAAUUGUGAUCUGUCCCUUGCUUCAAAACACAUCACCAAUACUGUGCAGGAGCCUGUGGUGUUGCCUGAGGUCUUUGCUAACUUGAACUCCGUCAUGUGUGUGGAGGGUGAAGCUGGUAGUGGAAAGACGGUCCUCCUGAAGACAGUAGCUCUUCUAUGGGCCUCAGGAUGCUGUCCCUUGUUACACAGGUUCCAGUUGGUUUUCUACGUCUCUCUUGGCUCUACCAGACUGGACCAGGGGCUGGCCAAUGUCAUUUGUGACCAACUCCUAGAGACAGAAGGAUCUGUUACUGAAACGGGCCUGUGGAACAUCAUCCAGCAGUUAAAGAACCAGGUGUUAUUCCUUUUGGAUGACUACAAAGAGAUGUGCUCAAUCCCUCAAAGCAUAGAGAGGAUGAUUCAAAGAAACCAUUUGUCAAGGACCUGCUUAUUGAUUGCUGUCCAUACAAACAGGGCUAAGGACAUCCGCCGACACCUAGAUACAAUUCUAGAGAUCAAAGCGUUUCCCUUCUGUAAUACCCUCUAUAUAUUACGGAAGCUCUUUCCAGAUGAUUUGACCCGUCUGCGAAAGUUUAUGGUUGACUUUAGAAUUAACGAAACAUGGCUGGGAAUUCAGAAAACUCCCUUCUUCGUAGCAGCAGUCUGUGCUAAUUGGCUUCGGUAUCCUUUUUGUCAGUCCUUUGAUGAUGUGGCUGUUUUCAAGUCCUAUAUAGAAUGCCUUUUCUUAAGGCACAAAACUGCAGCUGACCUUCUCAAAGCAACUGUGUCCUCCUGUGGUGAGCUGGCCUUGAAAGGUUUUUUUUCAUCUUGCUUUGAGUUUAGUGAUGAUGAUCUCCUAGAAGUAGGGAUUGGUGAAGAUGAAGAUCUAGCCAUGUACCUGAUGAGCAAAUUCACAGCCCAGAGACUGAGGCCAGUCUAUCAGUUUUUGAAUGCUUCAUUCCAAGAAUUUCUUGCUGGGAUGAGGCUGACUGAACUCCUGGAUUCAGAUAGGCAAGAGGAUCAAGAUUCGGGACUUCAUUAUUUGAAACAAAUUAACUCAGCCAUGAUGGCUAUAGGUCCCUAUGCAAAUUUUUUGAACUAUGUCUCUUGCCACUCUUCAACAAAGGCAGGGCCAACAAUUGUAUCCCAAUUGCUUCUUUUGGUGGAUAAUCAAGAGACACUGGAGAAUAUAUCUGAAAAUGAUGACUACCUGAAGCAUCAUCCAGAGAUUUCAGAGCAAAUGCAGUGUCUCCGGUUGUUGUGGCAAUACUCUCCAGAAAAUUACCUUUCACUGGUUUCAAAACAUUUACUGGUUCUGGCUGUAAAAACUGCUUAUCGAAGCAACAGUGUUGCUGCCUGUUCUCCAUUCAUUUUGCAGUUCCUUCAAGGGAGAACCCUGUCUUUGAGUGUACUUAAGUUACAGUAUUUUUUUGACCACCCAGAAAGCCUGUUAUUGUUGGGGAGAGUCCAGGUCUCCAUAAGAGGAAAUAGCUUACGCAAAACAGAUUUUUCAUUACUGGAAAAAAUUUUCGACAAAUCCCAGGCACCAACCAUAGAUCAGGACUAUGCUUCUGCCUUUGAACUUGAGAGUGAAUGGAAGCAGAAUUUAGUUGAAAAAGAGGAAACCGUGAACAGUUUUCUGAACAUGCAACUCAAGGCACCAGCAGAUAUCAGCACUGGCUAUUGGAACCUUUCUCCAAAGCAGUACAAGAUUCCCCUUCUGGAAGUUCAUGUGACUGGUACUGAUGCUGUGGAUCAGGAGAUGCUAAGGUUUCUAACGAAAGUUUUCUCAGCUUCACAGCACAUUGAACUCCACUUGACCAGGAGCACGGGUUUUAUUGAAAGCAUCAGCCCAGCUCUUGAGCAGUAUAAGGCCUCGUUCACCAAGUGCUCCGUAAGCCAAUCUGAGCUGAGUGCAGUAGAACAGGAAUUGCUUCUCACUCUGCCUUCCCUAGAAUCUCUUGAAGUCUCAAAGACAACCCAUCUACAAGAUCAACUCUUUCUUAGUUUGGACAAGUUCUUGUGCUUGAAAGAACUGUCUGUGAAUCUGGAUGAUAAACGAGAUGUUUUUUCAGUCAUUCCUGAAGAAUUCCUAAAUCUCCACCAUAUGGAGAAAUUAUUGAUCCAAAUUUUAGCUGAAUACGGUCCUUCCAAACUAGUCAAAUUAAUUCAGAAUUCUCCAAACCUUCGUGUUUUCCAUCUGCAAUGUAAUUUCUUUUCGGAUCUUGAGUCUCUCAUGACUGUACUUGCUUCCUGCAAGAAACUUGAAGAAAUUAAGCUUACUGGACCAUUUUUUAAAGCCGCCCCAUUUGUCAUUGUUUUACCAAAUUUUAUUUCUCUGAAGAUAUUAAAUCUUGAGCACCAAUAUAUUCCUGAUAAGGAAACAGCUGAAAAAUUUGCCUACACUUUAGGUUCUCUAAAUAACCUGGAAGAAUUGAUCCUUCCUACUGGGGAUGGGAUUCAUCAAGUGGCCAAACUGAUCAUCCAGCAAUGUCAGCAUCUUCAAUGUCUCCGCAUUCUCUCAUUUUUCCAGACUUUGGAUGAUGACAGCGUGGUGGAAAUUGCCAAGGUAGCAAUCAAUGGAGGUUUCCAGAAACUCAAGAAUCUUAAUCUUUCAAUCAACCACAAGAUUACAGAGGAAGGAUACAGAAACUUCUUUCAAACACUGGACAACAUGCCCAACUUGCAAGAGUUAACAAUUUCCAGGCAUUUCAAAGAAUGUAUCAAAGCUCAGGCCAUAACAGUCAAGUCUUUGAGUCAAUGUGUGUUACGACUGCCAAGACUCACUAGACUUAACAUGUUAAGUUGGCUCCUGGAUGCAGAAGACAUCACACUGCUUAAUGCCGUGAUAGAAAGGCAUCCUCUAUCUAAACACUUCACUCUUCACUGGAAAUGGGUACUGCCAUUCUCUCCAAUCAUUCAGAAAUAGAAGAUUUAGCUAAAAACUGCUAAAUCAAGAAAAUUUUUGUCAACAAUUUAAAAAACCUAAUUAUCCAAAAACUUAUUAAAUACUGCAUACAAAAGAAUAAAAUGCAUGGCAUGUAAUAAAAAAACCAAACACCUGCUUACCCAUUACUGAGCUUAAGAAACAGUUUAUGACCAGUAACUUUGAUGUCCCUAAUGAUCCUCCCCAACCGAAGAUCAGACCUAUAAUCAAGUUUACGCAUCUAACUCUUCAUUACCCAGGGUCAGCAUCAGGCUUUCAGGCUAACUAUGGUAAACAGUAACAAAGCCACAGAGAAGGGGGUAGGGAGAGGUGUACCAAUCUAUCUUAAAGCCACAAUAUGAAAGGAGUAUUCAAGUUAUUAGAAAAUGGCUAACUUAAGGACUGAAUCACUUUCACACAUAGGUGAAACAAGAGAUAUUCCUUAAUCCUUGUAGGGUCUGUUUUGUACAUUUAAUUAACUUUGGUAUAGUAAGGUUUACUUAUACCUUCCCUUUACCAACUGUGUUGGAUAUGAAGAAAUAGGAUUUAGGGAAAAUGCUUGUAUUCUAGAGGCUUUUGAUUCAAUGCUUAUUGUAACAGCAAAAAAGUGUAGAAUAGAAUUUAGCAUUAUUGGAAAUUAGCUAAAUCUGUGUUUUCAAGAAUCUUGCGUAUCAGUGUUUUUUUAGAUAACCACAUGUUUAAGAGUCCAACAUAUGCAUUUAUAAUGGCCUUAAAAUUUUCUUAUGAAUCCACUUUGCUCAGGGAGAACAUAUUUUGUCAGUGACUUCAUAAUGUUCAAGGUAUUACAUUUGAUGUGACUGUCUACAUCUGUGCCUGUGUCCAAAAUUUCAUUCCUACCAGUUAAUCAACGGAGUUUCCUGAAUGGUUAGAAGGCCAAUCCAAAUUCAUAAUGCUAGUAUAAGUUGGAAAACAACCAUUCUUUUACCUUAAUUUUCAUUUUUACCAUGAAACACAGGGACGGUAUAUAUGGUAUGAUUCCAUUUGUUUAAAAACUAUACUCUCAUGUUUCUAGAUGCAUUAAGAAUUUCUGGAAGAAUACACAAGGAAAUGUUAACAGUGGUAACUAUUUUAAGUGGGUAGAAAGGGGACAGGAAGGUAUUAUUUUUUACUUUCGUCCUUUUUGUACUGCUUUCUGUUUUACAAGUAGCUGUUUUUAUUUUUAUAUUUAAAAUAAAGCAUAAAACUAGUUUAGCAUUACAACAUUAAUAGUUGCUCUGGAGGGUGAGAUUACUAGAAGGUAAUCUAGGAGAUAGAUUAUCUUCUUGUCUGAUUUUGUAUCUAAUGCUUUUCUAAUCAGAAAGGUUUUACGUUUUGUAUCAGAGUCCAAUCAGGAGAUAGAAACCACACAGUAAUUUGGGGAAAGUUUACUAUAAAGAGUUAUUCACUGUAACAGGAAACUGGAGUAAUGAGGAUUGAUUAUGAAACUGAGAACUCUAAGCAGGUACAGGAAAGAGCUUAUGGCUCUUCAUGCUAGGCUGAGAGACAGCACCCAAAGAAAGUACCCCAGGGCUGAGAUCUAGACUUUGACAGAGAAGGCACAGCCAUGGACAACAGAGCGGUUGGCUUAAUUAAAGAGGUGCAGCCCAAGAAGGUAUAAGCUUGGAGCACUUUGCUUAGAAAGUGUUUUGGGGGUGCCAGGGAAAGCCAUCCACGUGGGGCUGCUGAGUGCUGCUGGCCACUGCUGAAGGCAGGCACUGCACAAGGCUGCAGAAACCAUGUGCUGCAGGUGUCUGCUAGAGAGGCACACUGGACACAAGAAAAGUAGUCCCUUGCCCCUCCUGUGUCUCACCAGCGCCCUCUACUGACGAAGCUUUACACUGUACCUGCUGACAAGGGAGGGGUAGUUACAGGGUCCAGAUUCAUUACUGCAGAGUAGGCAGUGAAGGCUGGAUUUGGAUAUGAAGGCAAUAACGUCAUAAGUGGUACAAGUAUUACAUUUCAUAGUUCAAACCUCAAGGAAAAUGAAUCUAGUUAAAUUUAAGAUUGACUGAGAGCAUAUAUGUACAUGCAUGUUCAUACAUAGAAAACUUCUUAACUAAGAAACUGUAAAUGAUGAUAGAUUCCAGGGAGGGGAGCAGGAUAGCUAGUGGACAUGGUAGGGAGGUUUACUUUAUCCUGCAUAUAAUCAUCUGAAUUCUGUACCGUAUACAUGUACUAUUAAAAAUACUUAAAAAAAA